AUGGAGAUUGAUACUAUUAUCGUCGGCAAUGGGCCGUCAUCCAUGAUCCUUUCAUACAUCCUCCAUGGACAUAUCCCUUUCUACUCAUCUGACCCUCCACAUCCUGAUCAUUUAUUGGAUGCCAAGUUGAAAGCCGCGCCAGAGAUUUUGAACGCCGAUGUGAAUUCGCUUACAGCACACUUCGAUGCCUCACGCCUAUCAUACUCAACUCAGGCCCUUCCUGUGAAUGUCUUAUUGGACACACUUGUACGGCCAAGUGUUGACGUGGAUGAGCCCGGCUGUAUCUCAAAUAUUGAUUGGCGCUCACAGCCUGAAAAGGCUGUCUCCCACCUUGUUUUUGGAAAGCCUCCUAGGCCUGGAGGCCAAUGGACAGAGGAUCCAUGGGGUGCGAACUGGGAUAUCCAGACAUUGAGUUAUGCGGCGAUGCUGUCUUUACCCGGGUACUCCUUUGCCGACCAUCACAAAAAGACCACCGGCAAGGAUCUACCAUCAUAUACCAGGCCCACGCGGCGCGAGAUCGCCGAUUAUUUUUCUGCUUAUCCGGAGGCUGUAUAUAUCGAUGAUGCUUUUCGGUGUGGGGAAGAAUUGAGGGGCAUUUCCCGCACCGCUACUGGAUUUUAUGUUCAUUCUCAUAACCUCCACUGCAAGCGCCUGGUCCUGGCAAGUGGAAUCUUUUCCGAGAUCCUCUCACCAGAGCCAGUGUUACGCCCAUUACUUGAGACCAAGUCCUCGCCUAAUAUCCCACUUCUCGUCGUUGGGUCUGGUUUCUCCGCUGCGGAUUCCAUCAUCUCCGCCUCAUCCAACCAAAAGAUUUUGCACAUAUACAAAUGGUUUCCGAAUGACCACCCGUCCCCCCUCCGGGCCUGCCAUCAGCAAGCCUAUCCUGAAUAUGCUGGUGUCUAUCGUCUUAUGAAACGAGCUGCCCUCACAGCCAAAGCUGCAGGUAAAGAUCACCGCCCAAAGUACCGACGCGCGACUUCAACGCCAUUUCUUGAAAGCCGGAAUUGGGAAUGCCUCUAUGAGGGCCUUCCUAAUGUUGAAGUGACAGCCGUGGAAGUUCAUGGCGAUCUGGCGACGGUCACAUUCCGCCGCCAAGAUGGAACUGUUUUCUCUCGGCCUGUGCGCGGCCUCGUGUAUGCUGCCGGUCGGCGAGGCAAGCUGGAUUACCUCGAUCCCGAGCUCCGCUGUGAAGUGUUGGGGCAGGGCAAUCAAGAGGAUUCAGCAGUCACUGGCCAAACCCUCCGUGCGAAGGCAAUUGAGGAUCUCGAGGUCGCAUCGGGAGUUUACAUCAUCGGCAGCCUGACCGGAGAUUCUCUGGUCCGAUUCUCCUACGGUGGGUGCGUCUACACUGCUAGCCAUCUGAUCGAUGGCGAACGGGACAGCCGCAGUGUCUGUAGUAGUUCCUCGUCAUCUGCUAAACUACAUGGCUCUUCGCUUUCUGUGAUGAACGGCAUGGAUGGUCACCUUGUCUACCCAAAUGGCGAUGUACCAUACCUGACUCGUGAAGAUACCUUCAGCAAAAUGUCAACAGCCACAGGCCAGCCUCCUGUGCGUGGCUGGUGGGAGACUUUCUCCCGCAUGUGGAAUUAUAUAACACGAUGA